AUGAACCGACUAUUCGGCACGAAGAGUACGGCUCCCAAGCCGACUCUAGAGGGCGCCAUCUCCAAUGUCGACACCCGAGUGUCCAGCAUAGAUGUCAAACUCGCAGCGCUUAACUCCGAACUCUCAACCUACCAAGCCAAAAUCGCCAAGAUGCGCGACGGACCAGGCAAGAACGCCCUCCGCCAGAAAGCGCUUAAGGUCCUGCAGCGCCGGAAACAAUACGAGUCACAGCGAGACCAGCUAUCGCAACAAUCAUGGAACAUGGAGCAGGCAGGGAUGAUGCAGGAUAAUUUGAAGAAUGUCAUGACGACGGUUGACGCGAUGAAGACCACGACCAAGGAAUUGAAGAAGCAGUAUGGCAAGGUCGAUAUAGAUAAGAUCGAACAGAUGCAGGAUGAGAUGGCUGAUCUGAUGGAGGUUGGCAACGAGAUCCAGGAGAGUAUCUCGCGCGCCUAUGAUGUUCCUGAGGAUGUGGAUGAAGCUGAGUUGGAUGCUGAGCUUGAGGCUCUUGGUGAGGAGAGUAUGUUUGAGAGUAGUAUGGGCGAGAGCGCUAUGCCUAGUUUCUUGCAAGAUGAGGUUGCGCCGCCGCAAUUUAUUGAUGAGCCGCCUGAGCAACCUAAGGUUAAGGAAGCUGCAGGGGGGCUUGGGUGA